UCUGUCCGGCUGCGCAGCCGCCCACCGGAUCUCGCCGCCGCACGCCACCCACCCGGAGAGGGCCGACCGGGGCAGUGCCCCCCGACUGCCUCGCGGAGCAGAGUGCGGAAGGGGAUCCUGGCCCGCCGCCGCCGCCUCCGAGCGGGCCGCCAGGGCUCAUACGUGGAGGUCCUUCCUGCCGAGUGAAGUCUGGCCGUCCUCGCGUGUAAGGGAACCACCCUCAGCUCCAGAGAUCCCCAUUGGCAGGUGACUGGCACAUUCCUGAGGAGCCAACCCAGACAACUACACUCUGGAUUCCUGCGUUCGAAGAUGGGCGCCCGGCCCUCGCGGCGGCGGCUGCCCGCAGACUCGCCCAUGGCCUUGGACGCGCUGCCCCCGGAGCUGCUAGUGCAAGUGCUGAGCCACGUGCCACCGCGCGCGUUAAUAACGCGCUGCCGCCCCGUGUGCCGCGCCUGGCGCGACGUGGUGGACGGCCCCACCGUGUGGCUGCUGCAACUGGCCCGCGACCGCAGUGCAGAGGGCCGGGCACUCUAUGCGGUGGCCCAGCGCUGCCCGCCCAACAGCGAGGACGAGGAGGAGUUCCCGCUCUGCGCCCUGGCACGCUACUGCCUGCGAGCGCCCCUCGGCCGCAACCUCAUCUUUAACUCCUGCGGAGAGCAGGGCUUCAGAGGCUGGGAAGUGGAGCACGGAGGGAAUGGCUGGGCCGUGGAAAAGAACAUAACACUGGUGCCGGGUGCUCCUUCCCAGACCUGCUUUGUGACUUCUUUCGAAUGGUGCUUCAAGAGGCAGCUUGUGGACUUGGUGAUGGAGGGGGUGUGGCAGGAGCUGCUGGACAGCGCCCAGAUUGAGAUCUGUGUGGCCGACUGGUGGGGCGCCCGGGAGAACUGCGGCUGCAUCUACCGGCUCCGGGUUCGCCUCCUGGAUGUGUACGAAAACGAAGUGGUCAAGUUCUCGGCUUCACCCAAUCCGGUUCUUCAGUGGACUGAGAGAGGCUGUAGACAGGUCUCCCACGUCUUCACCAACUUUGGCAAAGGCAUCCGCUACGUGUCCUUCGAGCAGUAUGGGAGGGACACGCGCUCCUGGGUGGGGCACUAUGGCGCCCUUGUGACCCACUCCAGCGUGAGGGUCAGGAUCCGCCUGUCCUAGCUAACCAGCCCUUGCCAGCCUUCUGGGGCCGACUGCCACCUGCCAGACACCGUCACCCAUCAAGGGCAGCUUUGCAGCCAGGAGCCAGAGGAUGCGGGGGACAGUGUGAACCCCACUUACUGCUGCUUUGGCAUGGUGACCCACAUGCUGUUGGAGAAACCAGGGAUCAAACCAGGUGGUCACUGCUUCCCUAGCUUUGGGGGGUGGGGGCAGGGGUAGGUGUCAAAGAUGACUCGGAGAUCUGUACUUUAUUUGUAAAUUUUUUCUCACGUGUGUGGACAUCCGUUGAUAGACUGAGUCAAAAAGCAAAGGUUGUCAGAGCUCCUGCCAUGGUGCAGCAGGAUCUGCGUCUUCUCUAGAGCCAGGUCACAGGUUGGAUCCCCAGCCCAGCACAGGGGAUUAGGGAUCUGGCAUUGCCACACAGCUGUGGCUUAGGUCCCAUCUGCAGCUCAGAUCUGAUCCCUGGCACAGGAACUCCACAUGCUGUGUGGUGACCAAAAAAGAAAAAGUAAAGACUGAACCAGGAUAUUCAGUAGGGGACGAAGACUCCUGCCAGCAUGUUCUGGGGGUAAGGCGAUUGCUGGCAGGGAGCAGAGGUCAGUCGGGCAGUCUGUCCUGAGGGAACCAACAGGGCCAUCAGAGGGACCCUCCUUGUACUGAGGCAUCUCUGGGACUCACAGCAGGGACCAGGCAACCUCCUCCCCUUUGGGCCAGACUGGCGCUACUGCUUUUCCUUUUUCUUUUUUUGGCUGCGCCCUCGGCAUGUGGAAGUUCCCGGGCCAGGGUCUGAAUCCGAGCCGCAGCUGCAACCUAUGUUGUGGCUACACCAGAUCUUUUAACCCACUGCAUCAGUCACAUGCAGGUGCAGGGUAUCAAACCUGCAGCUCCACAGCAACCCGAGCCACUGCAGUUGGAUUCUUAGCCCACUGCACCAAAGCAGGAAUUACUCUUUUCCUUUUUUUUUUUUUUUUGUGCCACACCCAAGGCAUGUGAAAGUUCCCAGUUCAGGGAUCAAAGCCAAGCCACAGCAGUGACAAUGCCAGGUCCUAGGCCACUAGGGAACUCCCAAGGCUGGUUUCCUUCAGAAUUCCCGACGACGACACAAAGUCUGUGCUGCCCCUCAUGCUAUGUCGACCUCCCCCACCUCCUGCCUCUGCCUCAGGGGCCGCUCGCCUCCUGCUGGCUGACAGCGUCCUUUUCUCCACUCUGGAGCCCGCUUAGAGACCCACCCCGGGAGCAAGGCCAAGGCGUGCUGUGAAGACAGCUCUCCCGCCCUGGCUCCCCUCGGGUCUCCCGCUGUCUCCCCACAAACUAGCUCAAUAAAAUCAGUGCAGUGCGUGCGGUGAUGGGGA